AUGAAAGUGUGUCUCGUUCUCCUUUCUGGACUGCCGGGGUCCGGGAAGACGACACUGAGCCGUACGGUGCAAGGUCUUUCAUUGCGGUCGGAUGGCGGUGACGGCGCAGGUACACAACAGCGGCACGUGGUUGAAGCGGUGCUGGAGCUAGAUGCGUUCAUGCACCACGAUGAGGUGGGCGGCAACGUGGAGGCAAACCGCGUUGCCUUUAGUCCUGAUGUCUGGCGCAAGGCGUACGCUGCGGUGCGUGAAGCCACAUCGCAGCGGCUGCAACAAUGCUUGCUGAGCAAUGAUGAGGGGGUGGGAACGCGUUUGGUUUUUCUUGUUGAUACGUUGCCGUACAGGAGCAUGAGGGCUGUUUACUGGAAGAUAUGCAGAGACUUGAGUCUAAGGCAGUUGCGGCGGCAGCAGCAGCAGUGUUUUUUUGAAGAGAAUGAUAAGAGUAACGUUCUUCAGGACAAGGAGCUUGCGGUUGUUGGUAUGGUUGAGGUGCGGCUCAACACGCCAUUGGAACUGUGUCUGGAACGUAAUGAACGUCGCACAGGAACCCCCUACUACAUUCCCCCAUUUGUAAUCAAGAGCAUGAAUGACUCUUUUGAUGGGGGCGCUUCCAUUCCCACAGAGUCCAUGGAGGGGAACGACUUUUGGGUGAUGUUUCCCCGUCAAGCCACAGCCCCGUGGCCCUUACUUUGUUUGCGGGACGCAGACACGAGUAGCCAUUAUCCCCCGGAAAUUUUCGCCAAGAUGUUGCUUCAACAAUUGCUUUCCCAUGACAUUGCGCGUGAACUGGAAAAGCAAGCCGCUGCCCUGAUUCAGUCUGAAGUGAAAAGGCGAGAGAAGGAGGAACAACAACAGCAGUGCAGCUUGGUGACACCAUCCAACGAUGGUUGGCUCCAUAAGGUGGACCUGCAUCUGCGUGCGGUUGUGCGGCACUACUUGUCCGAUUUGAAGCAGUCCGGCACCUUGCAGCCUGGUGUAGGUGCACGUGUAAGCAAGUGCAGAGAAGCGUGCCUUGCGCGGGCCAAGGUGAUGCUUGGACAGCGACAGCGGAGCCAGCUGGGAUAUGCAGGUGGAGAAGGCGAGGAGGAGGAGGGGGAGGAAGACGAGGUGCUUAUGCAAGAGCUGUUACUUGAAUUUGAGAGGACCCUGUCAACUCUGUGA